UACUUUAAUGACGAUGACGAUGGCACACUGGAAUAUCAACCUGCACCUGGAAGUCCCGCUGCUGCUGGUCAUGCUGUAAAUGAGGAUAGCCAAUCCGAUGAUUCUGAUGAUCCUCUCGAAAAGUUUAUGGCCGGUGUAGAGGCAAUAGAUCCUCUACCCCCGAUUGACCACAGUGUCAUUAAGUAUCCGCCAUUCACCAAAAACUUUUACGUCGAGCAUCCUGAUAUUAGUCAACUUUCAACUGUCGGCGUCGCUGAUCUUCUAGGAAAACUAGGUCUUCGUGUGAGUGGGCCCAGCCCUCCACGACCAGUCUGUUCAUUUGCACACCUCGGUAUGGACGAGCCUUUGAUGGAGGCCAUACGAAAGGCCGGAUACACCCAACCUACCCCCAUACAGGCGCAGGCAGUGCCGGUAGCUUUGUCUGGACGUGAUCUGAUUGGCAUUGCUAAGACAGGAAGUGGAAAGACGGCUGCCUUUCUCUGGCCGAUGAUAGUGCACAUAAUGGAUCAGGUAUAUAUGUCAAUUUAA